AGCACCUGAUGAAUUUGCUGCGCCUGAACUGCUGGAAAGGUCCCUUCCCCCUGGUGCGUAAAAUAUGCGUAACGGGAACCGAGAGCCGCCGCCGGAGGAGUGACGAGUGAGAGAGAGAAAGAGAGAGAGGGAGAGAGAGAGAGAGAGAGAGAGAGAACACUGGAGUUGGGAUGGGAAAGACAACGCGAAGCACACGAACGGACACUCCACGCAAAAGCUGUGCAACUCUGUUUUUUCCUGCAACAAUCCUGCAAAAAGUGCACGCAGCAGUGCAAUGAUCAUGCAACAGAUCCCGUUUUUACGCGGCUGCUGCUUUUUACCUGAAUGAGAAAGGUGAGAUCCGCCGAGAUGAAGUUCGGCAAGAAUAUAUGCAUCUUAAACGUCGGCGGCACCAAAUACGCGUUCACCCGAGAGGUGAUUAAGGAUUUCCCACUCCGGAGAGUAAGCCGGUUGCACAGCUGCUCGUCGGAGAAGGAGGUGCUGGAGGUGUGCGAUGACUACGACCGCGAGCGGAACGAGUUCUUCUUUGACCGCCACUCCGAGGCGUUCGUGUUCAUCAUGCUGUACGUGCGCUCGGGUAAGCUGCGCUUCGUGCCGCGGAUGUGCGAGCUCUCCUUCUACAACGAGAUGAUCUACUGGGGGCUGGAGAGCUCGCACCUGGAGUUCUGCUGCCAGCGGCGCCUGGACGACCGCAUGUCCGACACGUACACGUACUUCUCGGAGGAGGACGGGAGAGCCGAGGAGGAGUCGCGAGCGGGCGAUGAAGAGAGCGAUGUGAGGGGAUCGUGCACGGAGCGCGCAAACCCGGGCUGGCUCGAGCGCAUGCGGAGGACCUUCGAGGAGCCCGCGUCCUCCGUGGCCGCGCAGAUCCUCGCCUCGGUCUCCGUGAUUUUUGUCAUCAUUUCCAUGGUCAUCCUGUGCGCCAGCACCCUGCCUGACUGGGACACAGCCAAGAACAACACAGUGGAGGAGCACAGGAUCAUUGAAGCGGUUUGCAUUGGCUGGUUCACUGCCGAGUGCAUAGUGCGUUUCAUUGUCUCACGGGACAAAUGUGAGUUUGUACGGCGGCCUCUGAACAUCAUCGACCUCCUGGCUAUAACACCUUACUAUGUAUCAGUGGCCAUGACAGCCCUGACUGGGGAAAACCCGCAGCUUCAAAGAGCAGGUGUCACACUGCGUGUGCUGAGGAUGAUGCGCAUCUUCUGGCUAAUUAAGCUGGCACGCCACUUCCUUGGUCUGCAGACGCUGGGGCUGACACUGCGCCGCUGCUACCGCGAGAUGGUCAUGCUGCUGGUGUUCGUGUGUGUUGCCAUGGCCAUCUUCAGCGCUCUGGCUCAGCUUCUGGAGCACGGGCUGGACCUGGAAAGCAGCAAUGAGGACUACGCCAGCAUCCCGGCAGCCUGCUGGUGGGUUAUUAUCUCCAUGACCACCGUAGGCUAUGGAGACAUGUAUCCCAUCACAAUGCCGGGCCGCGUGCUGGGUGGUGUGUGUGUCGUGAGUGGCAUUGUGCUCCUGGCUCUCCCAAUUACCUUUAUCUACCACAGCUUUGUGCAGUGCUACCACGAGCUCAAAUUCCGCUCAGCACGCUGCGUGCGAAGUCUCUCUGCUGAGUUUCUCAACUGACAUUGGUUUCUCUGGGACAUACUGGUCCACAGCCCAGCUCUGUUACCCCUCAUCUGAUCUUUCUGUGCCUUUGUUUUAAAACCUUUAAAAGCCUCAUGAAUUGUAAGCUAAACUAUAGAAAUAUGAUCAUGUCUACAGAGAAAAUGACUACUAAAAUGCAGCAUCUCUACAUUUUUGAUAAGUUUCAAUGAUAACAGGUACCUCAGACAACUGUGAUUCAUAUUUAUGUAAGUGACAGGAGAAAAAUACAAAGAGCCCCAAUCUGGAUAGCACACUGUAAUCAUAACAACCCAAAGGAGCUACAUAAGCCAGUGUUUGCAUUAUAACCCCAUCUCUGUGAAAACUAAUGAAACUGACCCAAAGAGACAGAAUGUCUUGUGUUUGGUGAUAUUUAAAAAGGACAACUGUGGGAACAGCCGGCACCAGAUGGCAUGGCCGCCUAUGAGGGGCAUCUGGCAAGCCUUUUCGGGUCUUGACACUUCUCCAGACCUUUGUCGGCUUUUCCUCAAAAGCCCUGGUCUGGCUUUACAAACAGAAACACUUUGUUCCCAUGGAGAAGUUUCUCCAGCCCGUUAGAUCAAGUCAGAUCAGUUUGGAUUUGAAAGCACUUGAGAUAUGAAGAAAGGAAGAACAGAGAGAGUCCAUAAAGGAAAACAAAUAUUUAUAGCGACUGACGGGAUGUUGUGGAAAUAUGAGAAAAAACAUGCAGCAAGGUGUAGUCCUAGUGGAUAAUGUUAUAAUUGAAACGAAAUUCCAGUCAGCGUUGCAGCCCCAUUAUGAAGAUCAGAUCCUUAACUUCAAGAAACAAACAUCAGAUGUUGAGCUACACAAGGAUAAAGCCACCACCUGCCCAUAUCUCAAUCGAAGAAGAUGACUGUGCGGACCGAGAGGUGUUAACCAAAUUGAUUAGCAAACACCUCACCCACACACUCAGCAGUCGGAGAGCUGUCACUCUCCUCCUCCUUCACCGUACACAUAGCAAGCACAAAAGCUAGCCUCUCUCUAUCACUGGCUCCUGUCUAUUCUGUGGUUAGGGAUAUACUGAAAGCAAUUAAGCAGUUCAUUCACCUGUAGAUUUGUUUACUUGAUAGUAUCAAAUGUUAUGUUGGAGGAAAAUCUAAGAAGGAAUGCCACUUAAUUAAUGACGCAUGCAGUGGUUUGUCCAACACUAAUGCUCAUACCUACGCAGGAAACCCUUAUGAAUGUCUGCAUCUGAGACAGAUGUUAUGAAACUGUUAUGAAUCUGAAACAGAAAGAAAGGAAAGAAAGCUGGUCCUGCACAGGUAUGAUGUAGUUAAUAUUACCCAGUGAGCACUAUCUGAUCAGAUACAUUCUUGGACACUGGACCGUCCUGGCCAUAAGAAGACACUGUUAUAAGUUAAGUUUACGUUGGUCCUUUUGUGUUAAUCUAUAUUAAAGAUUUAUGUCUUUUACAGUUGAGUGCAAAAGUUUGCAUUCCUUCUGACAAAAUGGACAAGAGGACAAUUAAAUUAUAGCAUAAGAUAUUUUGUGUGUGAAUUUUCACAGAAGUUUAACGAAAAAUUAACACAAAAAUGGCAAAUGUUACGAUAGUGAAGAAAUAAAGAUGUUCGAUCAGUUCAAAAGUGUCACCCUUGUAAGCCCACCCUUUACCUCUUUUGCUGUCUCUAACCUCUUUUAUAUUCUUUGUUUUUUUGUUUUUUUUAAAGUCUCUGUGGAAAUUGAAAUGCAAAAUGCUGGAAUAUGCUUUUUUUAAAAUAGAGCAUUUGCUAUCAAUAUCAACAGACAGGUUAUUCAAUAAUAAAAAUGCAGGGUAGGAUGUGCUGUGUUUCCCCAGUCACCAACAACUAAUUUGUAAAGUAUGAAUAUAUAUAGAGAAUAUUGUAUAUAUAUAUGAGCAGACAAGUUAUUUUCCUUUCAUGUCAGCAAAAAAGUGUAAAGACCUAUUUUUAUAUGCUACUGAUGAUCAGAUCUACAAAUAUGUCAGUUGAUUAACAGUAAAUAUCUUUAAGUACAGUUUUAGAUAGUUUAUUAUUAUGUGCAGUAUAACGUUAUCAUGCUUACUUAUCCAAACAUUUCAGCAGAUCACAGUUAAAUAUCAGUUUAAUACUCUAGAGAUAAUCCAUAAUACUCUAGGGUUUUGUGGUUAUAUUCUGUUUUUAUCUCUCUGCCUUCUAGGAUCUUCUUGUUAGUGAUGUUGGCAGACUUUCCUUGGGAAACCAUUGGGAAUACAAACUUUUGCAAUCAAUGAUAUACAAACUUUUACUCUGGCAAAGAUUGCUUUUUCAUGUCUUUUUAAACAUCUUUGUGCUCAUUGGGUAAUUACUCUCACCAAAUUCCACCUUUUGAAACAUUUGCUUUGUAACUGUGAAGCUAUAAAUAUUGCAGAAGUGUCAUAAAAUACUUUAUGCAGUUAUUUGUUGUAGAUUCUGAAAAAGAUAAACCUGAAAUCAUAUGUUUGUUGUGUGAAUAAUGUACUUGCCCUCUACUAAAGAAACAUUUGUACAUAUGUUUUAUAUUUAGUAUACAUUUUGGCAGGCUUUAUUGCAGAAAUAUUUGGACAUUUAGAAAAUAAAGUGAUGCAUUUGCAUAUUGGCUGGAUAUAUGUCAGUUCUUCUACUUUCUACGUUCCACUUCGACCUUGGACACUGUGUGCAUUUCAUUGAAUUGUAUAACAUACUCUCUAUCUCUCUGUAGUGUGUGUGUGUGUGUGUGUGUGAGAGAGAGUUUUAUGGCAUCAGUGAGCCUUGGGUGCCCAUGAGCCUGUUGUUGGUUCACCGGUUGUCCUUCUUUGGACCAAUUUUGUUAGGUACUAACCACUGCAUACCCAUUACACCCCACAAGACCCGCCGUUUUGGAGAUGCUCUGAGCCAGUUGUCAAGCCAUCACAAUUUGGCCUUUGUUAAAGUUGCUCAGAUCCUUACACUUACCCAUUUUUCCUGCUUCCAACACAUCAACUUUGAGAACUAACUGUUCACUUGCUGCUUAAUAUAUCCCACCUGUUGACAGGUGUCAUUGUAACGAGAUAAACAUUGAGUUUCCAGUGAAACAGAACUUUUCAGACAAAAGUUCCUCAUCAGCAAAGUGCUUCUGAGGCUGUAGCUUAUAGUCUGUAGAAAAUCUGGGAUUUAUUUUUUUUUUUAAUUUAAAUUUGGAAAUAAACUGAAGGUUUUGGAAUUUUGAACUACUCUCCUCAUGCCUAAUCUGUUCUGUGGAAGCCUGUGUUCAGAAGACACUCAGAUGGAUUUGAUCUAAAAUGGAUCAUAUGACUUGUGGAGUCUAUGUCAGCUCAAGUGCACACGGUCGUUAAAGUAAAAACAGAAGCACU